UUACAAUUUAUAGACAUUCAGAAAUGCAGUCAUUCCCAUUAUUACUCGAGUGGAGCACUGAUCCUGUCAUGUAUCAUGGGUUUCUUUCUGUUAUGGAUAGGGAACUUGAGAUCUGGAUAGAACUACCCUAUACUGCUAACAGAAGAACAGAGACAGAUAAUAAUAUUAAAUCUAAAUCGACUACUGGACAGCUCAGGCUUUUUACUGCCAACGUGGGGGUCAUCUUUGGUACAGAUGAGCUGCAAAAGAUCCUUGAAGGGCACGAAGCACAGUUGCAGAAGAAAAUGGACGAGGCUUCUAAUAUGGAAGAGUUUUUAGCAGAGCUGGUCGAUACACUGGAAGCGAUUUUAAGCAGUAAAAAAACAAAUGCGGAACAACAGAGAUCCCUUUCGUAUUGGACGCAUGUCAUUAAGCAACUGGAUGCUUUGGGGUGGGAGAGAGUAACUAACUUGAACAAGGAUCUUUCACAAGCCCAGAUUGAGCUCAGCGAUGCUUCGGGACGCAAACAUCUAUUGACAGUUGAUUUCCCGCCUGGAUAUCCAGCUGUUCCCUUCAAUUUGAAGCCCUUAGAAAUCCCAGAGCAUGAUAUACAGCGACUAUCACAAACACUCACUUCUAAAUCCCUCUCUCUAAAUCAAGAAAACGGACUAUUGGCUGCAGUAGAAUGCGCAGAAAAGCAACUUCGCGAUUUUACAGAUUUCUGGGACGUGAUGCAGGACAUUGACGACAAAACAUGGGUAGUAGAUCCAGAAAAACCAACAAAAGCGGAUUGUAUGAGACGAUGCGUUUUAGGCAACCAUUGCACCAUUCAGAUAGUAAUUGAUCCCACGUCGCCACGAUCUAUGCCUGAAACACGAUUGAUUGGCCCUGCAUCAAGUAUCGAAUCUAUGCGGACCAAAUUGUAUAAAAACGUAUCCUUAUGGGAUAAGAUGAAAUUGCCACGUGAGAACUUGGAGGCGCUGCUUGAGCUUCCUAAUGGCUUUCCAACUCCAGUGACUGCCAGCAAGGAAGAAAUCAAUAUCGAAUGUGGAAUAUGCUACUCAUUUCGGUAUGAGGGUCAGAUACCGGAUCAGCUUUGUAGCAACAUUAAAUGUCAGCAGCCAUUCCAUCGUGCAUGCUUAUAUGAUUGGCUACGGAAUUUGACUACAACACGACAAAGUUUCAAUACCCUCUUUGGUGUAUGCCCUUAUUGCAAUGAGACCAUUACUACAACGGCUCCAAGGGCGUGAAAUCUUACAACAAUAUAAAAUACUGUUCAUUGUAUAAUAUAUCUUCCUUAACUCUAUUGUAUGUUGACAGCUUCAAUUAUUAUUUUCUGGCACUCUGGGCAAACACCGAUGUUAGGUCGUGCUCUGUAAUCAACUUGGCCAAAGCCUCAGCAUUGCCAACAACAUUAGCGGAGAUAAAGACGGUUACGUAGUGUCUGUCAAUAUCAGACAUAAUAUUGUUGUUGGCAGUGACGACCUUGGCUGAGGCUGGGUCAAGAUUGAGGCCGGUUUCCUCCUGUGCU